UGUGGUGAUUCAUUCUCAAAAGAAGCUUAAACAUAGGUUGUUGAUUUCUCGUACACUAUUCUUUUGAAUUCUUGGAGGAAAGAUAAGAGCAUUUAAUGCGACACAUCCAUGAAAACGGAUCGAUUUUGAGUUUUGAGAUUCAUAUGAAGCCUGAACUAUUUUGAUCAAAUGUGCUGGUCCUUAAUGGCGAUAAUCUUCAUAGUGUUGGUCUCCAUCUCGUUGGCGUUUGCCAGGCCUGAUAAAGGGCUUGACGGAUUGAUUCACAUGGCUGAGAGUCAAAGGUCUUCUCCAUCUGUGCAAGAAGCUGCAGUGAAGGGAGUCUUACAAAGGCUCUUGCCUUCUCACUCUUCUAGCUUUGAAUUUAGGGUCAUCUCCAAGGAUCUUUGUGGUGGUGUGAGUUGCUUCUGGAUCAAGAACUUCAACAAUUCAGGCGUGAUAGGAAGUCCAGAGAUGUUAAUUGAAGGUGCUACGGCAGUUGAGAUUGCUGCUGGCCUUCAUUGGUAUAUAAAGUAUUGGUGUGGUGCUCAUGUGUCAUGGGACAAAACUGGUGGUACGCAAAUAGUUUCUAUUCCUGAUCCUGGAUUGUUACCACGUGUUCAAGGCAACGGAGUGAUGGUUCAGCGCCCAGUUCCAUGGAGCUAUUAUCAAAAUGUUGUUACCUCUAGCUAUUCAUAUGUUUGGUGGGACUGGGAAAGAUGGGAGAAAGAAAUCGACUGGAUGGCUCUGCAAGGGGUUAACUUACCAUUAGCAUUCACUGGCCAAGAGAGUGUUUGGCAAAAGGUUUUCAAGGGUUUUAACAUUAGCAAGGAAGAGUUGGAUGAUUUCUUUGGUGGACCAGCCUUUCUUGCCUGGGCACGCAUGGGAAAUUUACAUGGUUGGGGUGGCCCGCUUCCACAGAGUUGGCUAGAUGAACAAUUGGCUUUACAGAAAUGUAUCCUAUCUCGUAUGCUAGAGCUCGGCAUGACUCCUGUGCUUCCAUCCUUCUCUGGGAAUGUUCCUGCUGCAUUGAAAAAGAGAUUCCCAGCUGCAAACAUUACAAGACUCGGUGACUGGAACACAGUUAAUGGAGAUACUCGAUGGUGCUGUACUUUUCUUCUUGAUCCCUCUGAUCCUCUAUUUAUUGAAAUUGGUCAGGCUUUUAUUCAACAACAGUUCAAAGAAUAUGGAGUUGUCACUCACAUAUACAACUGUGAUACCUUUAAUGAAAAUUCACCACCUACAGAUGACCCAACAUAUAUAUCUUCGCUUGGGGCUGGGGUUUAUGAGGCAAUGCACAAAGGAGAUCGCCAUGCUGUUUGGCUCAUGCAGAGGAUCCAGUGUGACACACCUGAACUUGUUGAUGGAGUUCUAUUUGUCAAAGUAUUAUGUUCAAUCUGCCAUGGUUGGCUAUUUUCAUCGGACUCUUCUUUCUGGAAACCACCACAAAUGAAAGCACUCCUCCACUCUGUUCCCUAUGGAAAGAUGAUAGUCCUCGAUCUAUUUGCUGAUGUCAACCCCAUAUGGAAACGUUCUUCCCACUUUUAUGGCACUCCAUAUAUCUGGUGUAUGUUGCACAAUUUUGGAGGUAACAUUGAAAUGUAUGGGACAUUUGAUACAGUGUCUGCAGGACCAAUUGAUGCUCAUGUUAGUCCGAACUCUACCAUGAUUGGUGUUGGAAUGUGCAUGGAAGGGAUAGAGCAGAAUCCUGUUGUCUAUGAGCAGAUGUCUGAGAUGGCAUUCUGGAAUGAAAAAGUUAAAGUGGAGGAAUGGGUUAGGAAUUACUCUCAUCGACGUUAUGGUAAAAGAAUUAAGCAAAUCGAGGCUGCUUGGGAUAUUCUUUAUCACACAAUUUACAACUGUACAGAUGGAAUAGCUGACCAUAACAAUGAUUACAUAGUUGAGCUCCCAGACUUUGUUCCAACACUAAAGUCAAAUACGCAGAAUGCAAUUGGAGGUCAGAUGAUAAAGGCCUCCUCAUCGGAAAGAAUAAGAAGAUUCUCAUUUAGAGAAACGAGUUCUGAUUUGCCUCGUCCACAUUUGUGGUACUCUCCUGGCAAGGUCAUUCAUGCUUUGAAGCUUUUCCUUGAUGCUGGAGACCUACUCAUUGGAAGCCUCACAUACAGGUACGACUUGGUGGACCUAACUCGGCAGGUGUUGUCAAAGCUAGCAAACCAAGUUUAUGUAGAUGCUUUGACUGCUUAUCAUUCCAAGCAUGUUGAGGAGCUCAAUGUUCAAUCCCAAAAGUUUAUUGAGUUGAUCAAAGACAUUGACAUGCUUCUGGCUUCUGAAGAUGGCUUCUUACUUGGACCAUGGCUAGAAAGUGCAAAGAAUCUUGCAAGAAGUCCAGGGCAACUGAGGCAGUACGAAUGGAAUGCAAGAACACAAGUCACAAUGUGGUACGAUAACACGAACACCAACCAAAGCAAACUUCAUGAUUAUGCAAACAAGUUUUGGAGUAGCUUGUUACGGAGCUACUACCUUCCUAGAGCUUCCACUUACUUCGAUCAUUUGUUGAAAAGUUUGAGAGAGAAUCAGAGUUUCCCAUUGGAGAAAUGGAGAAGAGAGUGGAUAUCAUAUUCUAACAACUGGCAAUCAGGCACAGAGCUUUACAGCGUGAAAGCCCAAGGAGAUGCCUUCAAAAUUUCUAAGGAUCUGUUCAAAAAGUACUUGGAGCCAUGAUUGUCUGUGCCAAGCUUCACUAAAAGUGAAAAACAUUGCAGCAUUUGAACAGGUAUAUCUUCUCCAAUAAAACCCUGUAUUUAUUUGUGAUUCUGUAGUUUUUAAAGUUGGUUGCUAUGUUGUUUGUAAUUUUGAACUGUUCAUAGUGGGUUCUUCCAGUAAUGAAUGCCUGUAUUUAUGGUACGGACGAUGUAAUAAUAGACUCUUAAACUCCAGUAAUAUGUGUGUGUUAACACUAGAGACCAUGUAACAAUAAAUUAUUUGUUUUCACA